AUGUCCGAGGUAUUCCUGAGCUGCGUGGUCGGCUCCAAGCACUCUUACGAGCAGAAGAUGGGAGAUCCCGGUUGGGACAGCAUUCCUGCUGUUCCUGACGACAUCGCAAAGCAGAAGACUUCAAUGUGGAUAGUGGUCCGCAACAAGACCAUGUUCAAGCUGACGCCGGUCCAUCCGCCGCACUGGGACGGUGCCGCUUAUCAGAAUGGCCCGGUUGAGCUCGAGCCGUACACGACGAAGGGCAUUGGUAUCAAAGACGACUCGAUGUUCGGGACGUUCGGGGGAAUCUGCUAUCAUGCAGCGUUGGACGCAUCGAAUGUGUACAAAUUCUCGGUAGGAUUCGGGAACCCUCUUGUGGGACCGGUGCUGGGCUACGUGGAAGAGUCUGAGGACCCAAAGGGCGCCUGCGACAGGCGAAGGAUUGCGGACUCUGCUGUCGAGUCUUUGACCCCGUAUGUUGCGCGCGACAAGAACGGCGCUGAGGUGGUGUGGAAGUUCCAUCUGUACUUCACCCCGGGCAAGACGGGCAGCAACAAGACGCAGGUCCUGACCAUCAGCCAGGUCAUGACGGAGCUGGCGGACAAAUAG